UCCUGCCGCCCGCCCUGCUCCUCGCUACACCUACCCGCCCUUAACACCUUAGUAAAGACUAUAGUGUUACUCGCUCGACCAACUAUAUACCUGGUGUCUGCUGCACGCUCCUACACCCAUCGUCCAUCACACCAGUACUCACCCACUACCGCCCAUCUCUUACGCCCGCCGCCCGUGAUUUGUGUUACCUCAUUACUACACCCACAUCUUAACUCUGCUACCAUGCACGCCCGUGGCAUGUUACUCGUGUUGGUACUGACGGCUAUCACGGGCCAAGCAGCAGGGAGCCAGACGGCACCAGUAGCAGCAUGGAGCCAGGCAGCAGCAACAGGUAGCCAGGCAGCAACAGUAGGGAGCCAGACAGCAGCAGUAGGGAGCCAGAUCACUGACAAGAGCCAAACAACAGGGAAGAGCUUCCCCUACACCCCGGCGGCCAUAGCUCGACAGUUGCUCACCUUUGGGACCCUCGACAACGUAUCUGUGACUCUCGACUUUAAUGCCAUAUUCAGCUUCAUCUCUCUGAUUGUGGCGGUGCUCGUAAUAGCUGCCAUCAUCGGUGCUUUAGGCGUGGGUUUGGGCCUGCUAGGGGGCAAGCACCAUGAUCCCUCCGGCUUCUCAUCUUCUUCGUCUGGCAGCGGCUACGACUAUGACCAAAGCUCAUACACCGCCUAUAGAGCCCUGGACGAAGCUGCCAAGAAGUACCAAUAAACUCACACACCUGUACCUAUAUUCCCCACACCUGUAACCAUCUUCCCCAUACCUGUACCUAUCUUCCCCACACC